AUGAGAACCGUCCUGUGAGCGAGUCUGUCCGUCCUUCCUUCAGCCCACGCGGGGAACCAUAGCGGACGCGCCCUGCACCUCACACCUUACCUCCUCGCUAGCUGCCAUUUUCCUGCCUGACGUUGCUCCAGAAGGUCAUGAAGUCACCAGGUCUAGAAGGAGGAGAAGCUAAAAUAAAGAAAGGCAAGAAGAAGGGAGGCGCUGAGGGCGGCGACAACCUGGCAGCAAAGAAGGCCAGCAAGGGACCCAAGGACUCCAACAACAGCAUGAAGGAAAACAAGAGGAACAGCUUCGGCGACGGGGGGGAGGUGGGCUUCAAGGGGGGACGUGGAGGCGGCGGAAGAGGAGGAGGAGGAGGGGAUAGGGGUGGAUUCAAGGGCGGAAGAGGUGGUGGCGAUCGAGGUGAUCGAGGUGGUGGUUUCCGAGGAGGGUUCAGGGGUGGGAGAGGUGGAGAUCGUGGUGGUGGAUUUAGAGGCGGAAGAGGUGGAGAUCGCGGUGGUGGUUUCAGAGGAGGAAGAGGUGGAGAUCGUGGUGGCGGAAGAGGUGGUUUCCGCGGAGGAAGAGGAGGAGACAGAGGAGGAAGAGGAUUCAAUAACAGUGGUGGAUUUGGCAACCGUGAACGUGACCCGUCAGUGCUGUUCCUCACUUUCAACUCAUUCAUCACCAAGAAGGAUGUGACGGACGUGCUCGCUGCGGCCGGGGAUGAGGCGGGCUUUGAACUGGGCAGAAACAUGCGUAUUGUGAUGCCGUCCGCCGCUGCCGCCGCCACACUGAAGGAUCAGAUCAACGCCCUCAACCUCAACAUCGGCAAGAUCGACAACGGCUUCCUGAGACAAGAUGAGAGGACCAGCCCGGAGAAGAGGGCCGCGCCGGAGGAGGGCGGCAACUCCAACAAGAAAUCCAAGGGGGAGGACGGCAAGGCGAAGAAGGGUGCCAAGGAGGAAAAGAUGGUGGUAGAAGAGGAGGACGAUGAUGAUGACGACGAGGAGGAUGAGGAGGGUGACGAAGAUGAUGAUGACGAGGAGGAGGACGAUGAUGACGAGGGUGGAAAUGCCAUCGCCGCCGCCCCUGGCGCCGAAGAUGAUGAUGACGACGACGAGGAUGAUGAUGACGACGACGAUGAGGAUGAGGAAGACGAUGAUGAUGAGUGAAGGGCCGGAGCGCAGGUAUUCAGAGCCGCGUGUUGGGACAUGUUUUUAGCAAGUGACCUGUUGAUAAAAAAUGAGAAGAAAAAAAAUCCAAAACUGUACAUGAUGAGUUGACUAUUUUUUAUGUGAGCCAGACUUUUUUGUGUGUGUGUACGUGUGUGUGUGUGUGUGUGUAGCAGUGACAGUAGUAGUAGUAGUGUUAGUGGUAGAUUUUACUGUAGAAGUUGGAUGUCAGCGAGAGAUUAAAAAAUGGAGACAGAGAGAGAAAGACUUAUUACAAUUUAGAAUCCAUUUCCUUUUGUUUCCUCCCCCUACCAUCACUACCCCCUCCCCCCUACUCCUCACGGCCAAUGGGCAAUUAUUUCCAAGUACAAGUCAUUGCCGAGGGGUACAAGUGUGGCCGGACAGGUGUGGGCCGUCCCUCGCCUGUCCUCUGUCUUGUGUGUGUGUGAGCAGGUGACAAAGAUUGGCCAGACAGAGGCGGAGAAAUCUUGUACAAUAAAAGUAAUUGUUUUGUCAA